CGGACGAACCCCCCUCUACCACGCUGCAGUGAUUGGCUCUGAGGCGAAUGCGGCACAAUUGAUACGCAGGGGCGCCGGCGUGAACAUCCAAGACGACGACGGGCAAACCCCAUUGCACCAGGCAGCCGCCCUCGGGCUGACGAAGGUCACGGAACUUCUCAUAAAAAGUGGAGCAGAUAUAGAGGAGAUGACUGCGGGUCAUGAAACCGCACUGCACCUAGCCUGUCUGAAAGGCCACAUCGCCGCGGUCGAGGUCCUUUUGAAAGCCGGGGCCAAUCUUACCGCACAAUCAAGCCUAGGAUUGCCCAUACACCUGGCGAUGGGGCCUGGAUAUCCAAAGUUAAUCCACUUGUUACUCGCCAACGGAGCCGACAUCGACGCCAGAGGACCCGACGGAGCGACACCUCUGAUGUUCGCUGUUGCACAAGGGCACCACGGCCUCAUACAGCAUCUAGUCCGCGGUGGGGCAAACCUCAAUGCGCAGACUACGACCAGCGGAGGAACAGCACUCCACGUUGUUGCUCAGCAUGGUCUGGAGGUCACUACGCUCCAGCUGCUAGUGGACCACGGAGCUGAUAUCAACAUCAGGUGCCAUCAGCCUGCAGGGGAAGUGCCUCUGCAUCGGGCUGCCUUCUCCGGGCAGGCGGCGGUUGUAUCAUGGUUACUGGAAAAUGGCGCCAAUAUUGACGCCGCAACAGAUGACAAUACAGCGCUCUCGCUGGCUGCCAAAGGUGGGCAGAACCCAGUGGUCGAGGUUCUGGUGGAGAAAGGUGCCUCCUGUGAUGACAUCGACCGAGCGCUAUUCUACGCGGCUUGGGGGGGGCAUGUUGCUGUUAUAAGGACUUUGGUCCAGGCCGGAGCUGAUCUUGGUGUUAUGGAUGCGAGCGGAAAGAGUCCGUUACAUGUGGCUGCGGAGAGAGAUAAUGCGUCCGCGGUGCAGGGGCUGUGCGCAGCCGGUGCUGAUAUCACAGCGCAAAACUCUAAGGGGGAGACGGCCCUAGACGUGGCUCGUUUGUUGAACUAUCCGGAAGUUGCUCGAGUGCUUAUCAAGGCGACACGAUCUAGGGCCAAUUCUAUGUAGCUUCCUUACUCUUCGACACAACAUUCCUGACCUAAAGAGAGCGUGAGAGGGAGUACUUGGAAGCUAGCAGG